AUAAUGAAAUCUGAUGAUCCUAGUUCACUACGUGAGCAAAUGGAAUUUUUUUGUUUGCCAUAAUUUCCACUGAAAAGAUUUCCAAAAAAAAAGGGAAGCUGAUGGAUUUUGGCAUAAACUUGCCAGAGUGAUUUAUUUGUGACUCAUUUUUCGUAAACAAAACGACCAUGGCCAGCACCGAAGAGUUCUUACUGCAGGACACUGUUAUAGAUCAAAAUUAUCAAUCUGCCAGUAGUGCCGACGAUAAUGAUUCUGCCUCAGAAGAAAUUGUACAGUUUGUAGAUGGGCCGUAUUUAAAUAUGAAAGCUAACACUGUACGACGAGGAAGAGGUCACCUACCCAAAGAUUCUGUUAAGAUUUUAAAAAAUUGGCUUUACGAACAUCGAUUUAACGCCUAUCCUAGCGAAAUUGAGAAACUAACUCUCUCUCAAGUAACCAAUCUAACUAUCCUACAAGUAAGCAAUUGGUUUAUAAACGCGAGACGCCGCUAUUUACCUGAAAUGAUGAGGAGAGAGGGAUACGACUCGAAUCUUUUCACAAAUCCGCGGCGCGGAAAGAAGCAGAAGACACAGCUACAGGAACAUCAACAAUACAUACGAGAUAGCAAAUAUAUUAGAUUAGAUCAUUCGUAUAAUGAAGCAGAGUUGUGCCAGUCCGAUGAUGAACAGGAAAUCGAUCUUCAAUCUGAGAGCUCAAGUCCAAAACAAGAGAAGUUCAAUCCAUGGCGGACGGAUAUACAUUACGGCCUUAUUAUAGAUACACCUACCUCAAAAAAUAAACGUAAGUCGGACAAACCACAGACGGAAGUAGGUGAGCUAUCCAAAUUGAUUAAAUCAGAAAAUACGUCCAACAUAAUUUAUCUCCAAAACGGUAUGGCGAAAAAUGUAGUUUUAAAAGUAAUGCCUACAACCAUAGCCGAGGACAAAUUUGGCAACGAACUGUAUGACGCUUCGGAUGACGAAGAUGAAUACUAUGAAGAGGCGAUCAACCCGGAUGAUUUGCGCCUUCAAAGGGAAAUUAAAGUAGAGCAGUUGGGAGAUUCAGAUUCGGAGAUACAGGAUGAUACUUUUCUGUCGGAAAGUAUAUUCGCGCCGCCUUUGGAUCAAGAUGAUCGGGAUGAGCACGACGUAUUUGUGAACGAAAUUACUAUAGAAGACUGCAAUAAUGUGGAAUUGACUUGUGAUGAUACCGAUAAAGUAGUAGAUGCAGAAUCGGAUUUAAAAACUUUGUAGAUUGUAACUAUAGGUAUAUAUUUAUAUAUUUAUUAUGCCCUGGUUAAUUUUAGGUUCUUCUUUAUUUACUAUUGUUGGUUUUCAGGCAGUAACUGUUUAUCAUGUAUAUAAUUUACCUAAAGAAUGUUUCAUUUAUUUUGAGGUGUACCUUGUAAUUAAUACCCACUUUACAUUUUAAUGUAGGUUUCAUAAUCUUUUGGCUUUGUAAAGCAAAAAUCUGCCGCUUUUCUUAGCACGGCAUGACCUAUUCCAGCAAACGAAAUAUAUCUCAUGUGAUAAUUUUCUAAGUAUAACUUAUUUUAUUUAAGAAAAAAUAACAAAAAUAUAAAAAUUUCUAAAUAGUUAGAUUUUACAAGUUCUCGCUGUUUUCCUCAUGUUAAUGUUAUGUGGAAGAAUGAACUUAAUUUGUUUUUUUUGUUGUGUACCGUUAAGUAAACAAAUUCCGAAAAGAAAGUUUGUAAUAUAAAAUUAAAUUUUUUGAUUCUUU